AUGAAGGAUUUGGUGAUAUGCCGCAAGAUCAAUGAAGGAGCAGAUGACAACGGGGAUGCCUCUGAGUUGUACACCGCCAUACCGAUCAACGUCCUACCAGCAGUGAGGAACCGCGUGGAUAUGACACUUCCGAUGCGUGAUCUUACAGAAGACAUGUUUUUUGCUGGUUACCCGACGGCUGGAGACUCCGGGCUGCAAUCCCCGAGCAUUACGGAUGGUCGUUUGAUAUUGCACCGUGAAGACCAAGCAGCAUUAUCUGCUGAUAUCCGAGCCCAGGGAUACUACUGUUUGGAAAGCGGGGGAGCAGCCCUGUUUGUUGCAGGGACUGCAUUGGACUGCCUCCCCGCGGCAAGCAGUGCGUCGAAUCGGAUGCGCAAUGAAUUGCUGCCGACGACCGCAAAGCGACGCACUGAGGCACGGUGCAUUGCCUUAGUAACUGGCGUCUUGCCGCAAUUGACACGUACUAUCCUUGCACAAUGCCACUCUAGACACAAUAGAAGGCUUGUGGUUAAACGCAGUAACAGGCUAGGUCCAUCAAGAGUGAGCAUAACUGUCUGA